UAUUUGACUUCAGAGACGCUGUGUGGACGCGUGAGCGAGAGGCGGAAACUACUCAGUUUUGCGUGUUUAUCUGCUGUUUUAGUUAGUGUUUGUGGUCGCAAUGAGGAUUUCGAAUAAAUGUAGAUGCUAACACACGUUUUAACAAGAAAACGAAUUUACGGUGUGAAGUAUGUGACUUAGUGACCUCCUGUCUGUGUUGGCCUGUCACUGAGUCAGUCAGCAGAAAGAGGAGCUUUGCAGUCUCAGCCAGUUCAGGAAAAAGUCCUUCCAAUGUCUUUAGUAGAGGAUAUACUGGAUGUGCUACGCGUGGUCCUGGAGUACUUUGGAGUGCAUCCAGACAUGCUGGUUCCAGUAUGGGACAGUCAGCUGUGCGGUCAGUAUCGCAGCAUUGUGCGGAUGAUUGGAACCAACCUCCCACUGACACCAACACCACGUGUCCACUUUCAGAUCCCUCUGGCCACCUUUAGGACCCAUGGAUGUGUUGACGUCACCGUGGACACACCUGCCAUUCCUUCAUUCGCGGACGUCGUGUGGGUGUUUGAGGAUGAGGGGAACAGCUUUGCCAAGACCAGGAACCAUUUACCUCCAAAGAAGCCGAGUACUGUAAACCGGGAUGUGGUGCGAUACCCUGGACCAGGCCCUACUCGAUCUCAGAGAGGAGGCCGAGCUGUACAACAGAUUAAUCCAGAUGCACUGAAAAAGAUCACAGCGCUGGAGAACGAGCUGCUCAAACUACGAGCUCAGAUAGCCAUGAUUGUUACUGCUGCUCCCACCUCAGCGACACAUUGCCUGACUGAGCCCCAAAAUGCCCCUAUGAUGUCUCCCCCCCCUCCACCAGCUCUAACUUCCACACCUCGCUGUGCUCCUCCACCACCUCCUCCUCCACCUCCACCUCCUCCCUGCCCUAGCUCCUCCACUGAGAUGUCUGUAUUAGAGCUGAUCCGCCAGCGCAGGAAGAACGUGAAAAACCUGGACAAGGGUUCAGGAGUUAAAGACAUGCCCUCUAUGAUGGAUGUUCUCAAGGACUUGAAUCAAGUUAAAUUGCGUUCUGUUGAGAGAUCACCAGGGGGCACACCUCUCAGAAGACACAGUAAGGGAGGCACCGCAUUGAUUAACGACCCAGCUGCUCUUAUUGCUGAGGCACUAAAGAGAAAGUUUGCCCAUCAUCGCCAUAACAUUUCCUCUGACAAAGAGAAAGAACUCUCACCUUUUGGCAGCCCGGACACUCCCAAGGUUUUUUCCCAUCUUCACACCCUGUCCUCACACGCCUUUGUCUUAGUCUAUUCAUUGAUUCCUUGA